AUGCUGUUUCUACAAUUUCUAUUUCUAGAUGUUGUCCUUGGAGGCAGUAUCACUAAAAAUGUGGUCCAGGAAAAUAUUUCAUUUUACUUAAUGCAGAUCUCAUCCUAUGCCAACCAAUCCUGGGUUCAAAAUUGUGGCUCUGGUUGGCUGGGUGAGUUGCAGACUCAUGGCUGGGACAGUGAAUCUGGCACAAUAAUUUUCCUGCACACCUGGUCCAGGGGUAACUUCAGCAAUGAAGAGCUGGAAGAUAUACCGCUUCUAUUUCAUGUCUACUUUUCUGGAUUAUCUCUGGAAGUUCAAGACCGAGUCAGUCAAUUACAAAUCAAAUAUCCUUUUGACAUACAGGCAAGAGCUGGCUGUGAGCUGCACUCUGGAGAGCCCCCAAAAGGCUUCCUCUAUGGAGCUUUAAAUGGAUUAAAUUUCCUGAGUUACCAAAACAAAUCGUGGGUGCCAUCUCCAGAGGGUGGGAAUAGAGCCCAGAAGGUCUGUGACUUACUCAAUACUUAUGAAGGCAUCAAGGAAACAGCAUACCACCUCAUCAGAGACACAUGCCCCCGUUUUCUAUUGGGUCUCCUGGAUGCAGGAAAGAUGGAUCUUCAGAGACAAGUGAGACCAGAGGUCUGGCUGUCCAGUAGUCCCAAUCUCAAGCCUGGUCGACUGUUGCUGGCUUGUCAUGUCUCUGGUUUCUACCCAAAGCCUAUUUGGGUGAUGUGGAUGCGAGGUGCACAAGAGCAACUGGAAACUAAACAAGGCGAUAUUCUUCCACAUGCUGAUGGGACAUGGUAUCUUCGGGUGACCCUGGAUGUGGCAGCUAAAGAGGCAGCUGGGCUGUCUUGUCGAGUGAGGCACAGCAGCCUGAGAGACCAAGACAUCAUCCUCUACUGGGGACAUGGCCUUUCUGUGAUCUUGAUCACCUUUGCAGUGAUAGUGCCCCUGGUGCUUCUGAUUAUUCUUGUGUUGUUGUGUAAGAAAUGUUGCACAUAUCAGGGUAUCCCAUGA